AUGGUUGCCUUCACGAUCGACGAGAUCCGUCAUCUCAUGGACAAGCCGACCAACGUGCGCAACAUGUCCGUCAUUGCGCACGUUGAUCACGGCAAGUCUACCCUUACCGACUCCCUGCUGGCCAAGGCCGGUAUCAUCUCCACCGCACGUGCUGGAGACGCUCGUGCCACAGACACACGGGCCGACGAGCAGGAGCGUGGUAUCACGAUCAAAUCCACUGCCAUUUCCCUGUUCGGCACUCUGGACGACGAGGACGACAUCAAGGACAUUGUCGGCCAGAAGACUGACGGCAAGGACUUCCUGAUCAACCUCAUCGACUCGCCCGGUCACGUUGAUUUCUCAUCUGAGGUCACGGCCGCUCUCCGUGUCACUGAUGGUGCCCUCGUCGUCGUCGACACCGUUGAGGGUGUGUGCGUGCAGACCGAGACUGUGCUGCGUCAGGCUCUUGGUGAGCGUAUCAAGCCUGUUGUCAUCAUCAACAAGGUCGACCGCGCCCUCUUGGAGCUGCAGGUGUCCAAGGAGGAUCUGUACCAGUCCUUCUCGCGUACCAUUGAGUCCGUCAACGUCAUCAUCUCGACCUAUCUGGACGAGGCUCUCGGUGACGUCCAGGUCUACCCUUACAAGGGUACCGUUGCCUUCGGCUCUGGUCUGCACGGCUGGGCUUUCACCAUCCGCCAGUUCGCCACCCGCUACGCCAAGAAGUUCGGUGUUGACCGCAACAAGAUGAUGGAGCGUCUUUGGGGCGACAACUACUUCAACCCGGCCACUAAGAAGUGGACGAAGAACGGCGACUACCAGGGCAAGCAGCUGGAGCGUGCCUUCAACCAGUUUAUCCUGGACCCCAUCUUCAAGAUCUUCGCUGCCGUCAUGAACUUCAAGAAGGACGACGUUGCCAGCUUGCUGGACAAGCUCCAGCUGAAGCUGUCCACGGAUGACAAGUCCAAGGAGGGCAAGCAGCUGCUGAAGAUCGUCAUGCGCACUUUCCUGCCCGCUGCUGACUGCCUGCUGGAGAUGAUGAUCCUCCACCUGCCGUCCCCCGUCACAGCUCAGCGCUACCGCGUGGAGACCCUGUACGAGGGCCCGCAAGACGACGAGUCCGCCAUCGGUAUCCGCGACUGCGACCCCAAGGGUCCGCUGAUGCUGUACGUGUCGAAGAUGGUGCCCACCUCUGACAAGGGCCGCUUCUACGCCUUCGGCCGUGUCUUCUCUGGUACCGUCAAGUCUGGUCUGCGCGUGCGCAUCCAGGGCCCCAACUACGUCCCGGGCAAGAAGGAGGACCUCACCAUCAAGGCUAUCCAGCGCACAGUCCUGAUGAUGGGCGGCCGCGUCGAGCCCAUCGACGACAUGCCUGCCGGUAACAUUGUCGGCCUGGUCGGCAUUGACCAGUUCCUGCUGAAGUCUGGUACCCUCACCACCAGCGAGACGGCCCACAACAUGAAGAUCAUGAAGUUCUCUGUCUCGCCUGUCGUGCAGCGCUCCGUCCAGGUCAAGAACGCCCAGGACUUGCCCAAGCUCGUCGAGGGUCUGAAGCGUCUUUCCAAGUCUGACCCUUGCGUCCUGACCAUGACCACCGAGUCUGGCGAGCACGUCGUUGCCGGCGCCGGUGAGCUGCACUUGGAGAUCUGCCUGAAGGACCUCGAGGAGGACCACGCCGGUGUUCCCCUGAUCAUCUCCGACCCUGUUGUGCAGUACCGCGAGACUGUCACGGCCAAGUCGAGCAUGACUGCUCUGUCCAAGUCGCCCAACAAGCACAACCGUCUGUACAUGGUUGCUGAGCCCAUGGACGAGGAGCUGGCUGGCCAGAUCGAGUCCGGCAAGAUUGGUCCCCGUGACGACUUCAAGGCCCGUGGCCGUGUCCUGGCUGACGAGUUUGGCUGGGAUGUCACCGAUGCCCGCAAGAUCUGGGCGUUUGGUCCCGACACCACCGGUGCCAACCUGCUGGUUGACCAGACCAAGGCUGUGCAGUACCUGAACGAAAUCAAGGACUCUGUCGUGUCCGGUUUCCAGUGGGCAACCCGCGAGGGUCCGGUUGCCGAGGAGCCGAUGCGCUCUAUUCGCUUCAACAUCCUCGAUGUCACCCUGCACGCUGAUGCCAUUCACCGUGGUGGCGGCCAGAUCAUCUCGACCGCUCGUCGUGUGCUGUUCGCCUCGGCCCUUCUGGCUGAGCCGGCUCUCCAGGAGCCUGUCUUCCUGGUUGAGAUCCAGGUGCCUGAGCAGGCCAUGGGUGGUGUCUACGGUGUCCUGACUCGCCGCAGAGGUCACGUCUUCAACGAGGAGCAGCGCCCGGGUACCCCCCUGUUCACCAUCAAGGCGUACCUCCCCGUCAUGGAGUCGUUCGGCUUCAACGGCGACCUGCGCGCUGCUACCUCUGGCCAGGCUUUCCCUACGAUGGUCUUCGACCACUGGCAGAUUCUGCCCGGUGGCUCGCCGCUCGACUCCUCCUCCAAGGUCGGCCAGAUCGUCCAGGAGAUGCGGAAGCGCAAGAGCAUUAAGGUUGAGGUUCCGGGCUACGAGAACGCGGUCGCCGCAGCGGGCACGAUGUUGUUCCCCGAGCAAGACGCGCCGACACUGAAAACGUGGAUCGUGAAGCGCCUCGAGACGCCAGCACGCACGGACAGUGACGUCGAUGCGGAUGUGCUCGCGGAUUACGUUCUUGCGCUGCUCCGACACGAUGGUGAAGCGAACGAUGUGCGCCAACUCUGCGAGACGGAGCUGUAUGACUUUCUCAAGGAUGGUAUGAACAGCCACACCUCUCUCUUGUCACAUGGACAGCAUCCCUUUCUACGAGUGGACACCCAGCUGACGGACCUCGUGCGAAUAGAAGCAAAGCCCUUUGUCGACGACGUCUUCCAGACUGUGACCUACAAGUCCUACAUACCAGGCUCACGACCGCCUCCGAAGCUACCGCCGCCGCCGCCACCAGCAGCAGCACCCACACAGAUAGCAUCAAAAGGAUCUGCCUCGCUGCAAGGGGCAAUUGAUGGACCGGUCCCGGGACUCCCUUGGUCAUAUCAACAGCAGCAGUUUCAGUACCAGCCCAGCAACUCACGAAAACGUUCCUACAACGAGUCUUCGAUUCCAGAGAUGGGCGCUGCAUCAGUGCCACCGGGUAUGCCAUACUACCAGCAAGGCGGUGGACGGGCGUUCAAGCAGGCACGUCGUGGUGGCGGCACCCGAGGAGGACGAGGAGGCGGCUAUGGCGGCGCUGGGGAGACGAUGGGCCAUGUUCCUGAUGCUGACCUGGCGAUGGGGCCUAUGAUGCUGCCGCCACCACCAUUCGGCGCGCUUGGCCCAGGCACAACGAACAGCCCCACACCUGGAUCCAUGUCCCUGGUGCCGCCCAACGGCGCGUCCCCUUACGACCCAUCUGCGGGGCUCUCUAUGGAGGCUUUGAUGCAGAUGCACCAGAUGGGGAUGCCCGUUCCAAUGUACGGCUUCCCGCAGGGCGUUGUGGGUCCUUGGAACGGCAACGGCAACGGCAACGGCAACGGCGAUGAUGGUGGCAGACGCCGGCGACGUCGCUGUCGCUAUUACGAGAAGAAAGGCUUCUGCACACGGCCCAACUGCCUGUUCGACCACGGCGAAGCCCAAGAGAGCGAGGACGCGGCGGCAGACGGGCACGGCGGGGUGUUUUCCAUGAUGCCACCACCAGCGGUAGCGGCAGCCAUGUUCCAGCAUAUGAUGCCUCUACCACCACAGCAGAGGGACGAAGCACCGACAGAGAUGCCAGGAGCACAAGGGGCGACAAGGCGGGCACGGAAGGGCGGGCGGGCGCCGUUCUCUGCAGACGGGCCGGUGUACGACAAGAGCAACUCGACAGUGGUAGUGGAGGGCAUCCCGGACGAGAAUCUCAACGAGGCAGCAGUGCAGGAGUUUUUCUCACAGUUUGGUCCCAUUGUGAGCGUCUCGAUGCAGGCGAAGCGGAAGCUGGCAGUGGUAAAGUUUGACGAGUGGGCGGCGGCCAACGCGGCGUACCACUCGCCUAAGGUGAUCUUUGACAACCGUUUUGUCAAGGUGUUCUGGCACAAGGAGCGAGGGAGUGGAGGAGGCGGUGCGGGAGACGAGACAAGCGGCUCGGGCGCCAAGAAAAACGGCAGCAGUGCUGCAGGGGUGGAGGAAGGCGAAGUGGUGGAGGGAGAGGACGGCGAGAUGCCAGAGAUGGACAUGGAGGACUUCUUGCGGCGACAAGAAGAGGCGCAGAAGCGUCACGAGGAGAGGGAGCAGUUGAAGCAGGAACUCGAGCGCAAGCGGCAAGAGCUGGAGCAGCGGCAACGAUCACUACAAGCGCGGCAGCGGGAAGAGAGACAGCGGCUGAUUGCCAAGAUGGCAGCGGUGGCGACGCGGGCGCGACAGGGGAGCGAGUCGGGCACGCCAUCGGAGUCGGGAGGCGGAGGUGGAGGCGGAGGUGACGGUGACAGCGGGAGCAGAGCGGCGUCGUCAUCGUCGCGGUCAGCCGCGGCGAUCUCACAGACAGAGAUGAUCCGGGCUCAGCUGGCAGCGCUUGAGGAAGAGGCCAGACAGCUGGGACUGGACCCAGAUUUGAUCGUUGGUGGUGACGCUCUCUCAGCACCGCUGCCAUCGUGGCGAGGCCGCGGACGCGGACGUGGUGGACGGUACAGUUCCUAUACGCCUCGGGGCCGAGGCCGCGGUGGUUAUGCAGCACGCGGUGGGCUUCAUGGCAGCGUCAGCAGCAGCGUGGCCUUGGCUUAUGCGGCAUACUCGCUCGACAACCGACCGCGGCGGAUCGCUCUGACGGGGGCCGACUUUACGGCGCCUGGGCAUGACGAGGCGCUGCGGCAGUAUUUAUUGGGCGUUGGUGACUACGUGGCCCUUGACACGACAGCAGAGACGACUACCAUUUCGUUCACGGACCGACGGACGGCAGAAAAGUUUUACUAUGGCCUAGCCUUGGCCACAGAUCAAUCGGACAAGCCGACACGAAGGAUUGUCCCGGGCGUGGCGGAUCCGGUGGAGCUGGCCUGGGUGGCGUGCAGCGCCGUCGGGAGCAAUGGUGCAGGGACGACAUCUGGCGGAUUAUCUGGGCCGUUGACAUCUAACAAUACGCUGUCUGGUAAUGGCGCGGCCGAAAAGAACGGGUCGUGGCAGCCGGACGAGGAAGGCGAGCUGGAUGCGGCAAUAGAUGGCGGAACGGCCAACGGCGAUGAGGACAAUGCAGACGAGAACCUGGACGAGGACGUGGAUGGGAUAGACCAGCAGCAGGACCAGGAACAAGAGCAGGAGCAGAAGCACAGCCGCCACGGCUUUCCGCAGAAGCAGCAGCAGAUGGACUUUGACGUGGCAGACGAAGGAGACUGGGACAUACAAUGA